AUGACGCGACACUCUAAGCAAAAUACGGCAUUAGGUCACUUUACCUAUGCAGAGUAUCAAAUGCUUAAAGACCGUUGGGGUUCGCAGAGUAUGCGUCUCUCGCAAGAAAAUGUGCGUGCCUUUAAUGCAUGCUACUUGUGUCUGCAGACAGCACAACGGCCUGUCAGCUGUAUGGAAGGGCACUUGUACUGCAAGGAAUGCAUCUUGACCGAUCUCGUCAAGCAAAAGGCGCAACUGGCUUCCCAUGCCCAGCGUCGUGCUGAACUUCUGCGGAAGCGCUCCGAGAAAGAAGCAGAGACUAAAGCCACAGAAGCGGCGGACAAAAUUGCACAAUUUGAGCAAGGGUCUGCUAUUAUGCCCAAGAAGCGCAAGGUAGAGAAUGAUCAGGAUACUGCAUCAUCUAAGAAGCGCACGUCGGACGACAGUCAUGUGUCGAAGGCAGCGACGAUGCCUGCUUUUUGGCUGCCUAGUAUGGCACCUGAGUACGAGCAAGAUGACGAAGCCCUGUUGGAAGAGGAUCGGGCAUCAAUCACGCUAUGUACGGCCAGUGCUUCACAUCCUCACAAGCUUUUAUCAAAGCAGCUUGUGGACGUGCACUUUAGCGAGCGCACUGUACAGAAUGAUAAGCAAGUGUAUUGCCCUUGCUGUAAAAAAGAGUGUUCGCGUGUGUCGCAGACGUUCGUCUUGCGUCGAUGUGGACAUGUGCUUUGUGCACCCUGCACCAAGACGUUGAUUCAAGGUCCCUUGGCCAAAGAAGAGCCCACGGCCUGUCCGGACUGCAGCAUGGCUGUAAAGAAAGAGCGUGAUGUCAUCUCCCUUGUGCGUGAAGGCACAGGGUUUGCAGGCGGUGGCACAGCCGAGGCCAAGUCCAAGGGUAUUGCUUUCCAGGGCUAA